UAUAGUUCAACCAAUACCCUUGAUCGGUACAAGCGCAACUAUCAGCAGUUGCUUCAACUGGCUCCGGGACUCCAAUCACUUAUUACUGAUCGCACGAAGUCCAAGGAACUCACUCAGAUUGCACGAAAGAUGACUGCUGUUAUUAGUGGAACACGUUCGGACGAUGCAACUCGCUUGAAGGUCCAAAUCGGCCACUAUGCGGCGCCUGAACCAUUAAAAGAAGGUUUGAAGCCUACAAUUUAUAAUGGUGGCUCACUGUCCAGGGCGCAUAUGGGCAUCAAUCACCCUGUGCUUGCUUCUUUUCUUUGUCCGAUAUCAGCACUCGCUGAUUUCAACCGAGAUCCCGCAUUGGCCCGAAAAUGGAUGGAGAUCGGACAUAUUCGUAUGACCUCAAUCGACUUUCCGGUGUUUCUGUGGGCCGGAAAUCCUCCUGGCAGCAGGUACGACGAGGAUGCCAUGCACGAGGGCCUGUUCCAGGGCUAUCUCAUCGAGCGUAUAAUGCGUCAUAUUUUUACAGGUCCGUCCACUGCAUUAGGUGACGACUCGCGCGCUACGUGUUCGUGCAAUGCGUCCCUGCAUGAUAUGACUACUGUCGAGGCAGAGCAUAUAGCAUAUGCUUGCGUUCAGGCACGCUUCGCCAUCAGCAACAAGAACAAAUGGUCCGAAGCGGACGGCGAAUUCAACAACCGAGCCUUUUACUACAACAUCAUCGACUUCAUUCGUGAGUGCGAGGACAGAGAUUGGGCAGAGGGACUUCUCAAAUGGUGGAACAGGGCAUUGUUUAAGAAUGAAAACGGCGCGAAGGUGGAACGACUAUAACUGACGACAACGGACCAGGCAACGCGGCUGGCUCUUCCUCGGCUCCAAUCAAUGGCCUAGCCAAGAUGCGAGCGCAGAUGGCCGCUCGUGCCAGCACUGCCAAACAACCUGCAGCACCUG